AUGCGGAACUUGGUGGCCUGGAGGGGCCAGGAGGGCCUGACGAGUAGUCGGAAGGCGUCCGAAGUCCAGAGCGGUUUUGCAGCUGCGGGCUGGGGAGCCGAGCAGGAAUUGGCGCUGACUUCAGCCAUCGAGGAGUACAAGCCCCAGGAUGCCACCACCAACCCAUCCCUGAUCCUGGCUGCGGCCCAGAUGCCUGCCUACCAAGGGCUGAUGGAGGAGGCUAUCGCCUAUGGCAAGAAGCUAGGCGGGUCACAAGAGGACCAAAUUAAAAAUGCUAUAGAUAAACUUUUCGUGUUGUUUGGAGCAGAAAUUCUGAAGAAGAUUCCAGGCCGUGUAUCCACUGAAGUAGAUGCAAGGCUCUCCUUUGACAAGGAUGCCAUGGUAGUCCGAGCCAGGCGACUCAUCGAACUGUACAAGGAGGCUGGAAUCAGCAAGGACAGAAUUCUCAUCAAGUUGUCAUCCACCUGGGAGGGAAUCCAGGCUGGAAGGGAGCUAGAGGAGCAGCAUGGCAUCCACUGCAACAUGACGCUGCUCUUCUCCUUCGCUCAGGCUGUGGCCUGUGCCGAGGCGGGUGUGACACUCAUCUCCCCCUUUGUGGGGCGCAUCCUGGACUGGCAUGUGGCAAACACAGACAAGAAAUCCUAUGAGCCCCUGGAAGACCCUGGGGUCAAGAGUGUCACCAAAAUCUACAACUACUACAAGAAGUUUGGUUACAAGACCAUCGUUAUGGGUGCCUCUUUCCGCAACACGGGUGAGAUCAAAGCACUGGCGGGCUGUGACUUCCUCACUAUCUCACCCAAGCUCCUGGGCGAGCUGCUCAAAGACAGCAGCAAGCUUACGCCCAUGCUCUCAGCCAAGGCGGCCCAGGCCAGUGACUUGGAGAAGAUACACCUGGAUGAGAAGUCUUUCCGUUGGCUGCACAACGAGGACCAGAUGGCUGUGGAGAAGCUGUCUGAGGGGAUUCGGAAGUUUGCUGCAGAUGCUGUGAAGUUGGAGCGGAUGCUGACAGAACAAAUGUUCAGUGCGGAGAACGGGAAGUAGCAUGCAUCGGAGUGAAUGGACACCAGACCCGCACUGCCCGUGACUUGGGGUCUCACUGUGCAAGGCUGCGUGGAAUCUUGCAUUUUUUUUAGCAAUCAGGACAGGGAUGGAAUCGUAGGUUUCUAGUUUUAUGUAAAAACUUUGCCUAAUGCAUUAAAGCAGUUGCUUUUCCUGUG